AUGGCGAGUAAAAUCUUGGAAGUUAAAAAUCCAAUCGUUCAAGAUGACGACAUUAUAAGUCAACAAUUUCAUACGUAUACUCCAUAUACAACAUCAUAUAACAAUAAUGAUGAAAUUCGCAUUACCAUACAAUCACAUGAGUUGAAUGUUUUACCGUCAGAAAGCUAUCUUCUAAUUGAAUUUUCAACCGCAAAAAAUGAUGGAACACCAUUUGUACGUAAUGAAGCAGUAUUUGCAUACAACUCCAUCGCACACUUAUUCAGUGAAAUGCGUUAUGAGUUAAAUGGUAUUGAAAUUGAUCGUUGUAAAUCACCGGGCAUUACAUCCAUUUUGAAGUGUAUGAUUGCAUGUAAAUCUGAAGAUGAAAAAUCUUAUCUUCUCUUUAAUCAAUAUAGUCAACAAAAUAUUGUAGCUGGAAGCUAUCGAGUUAUUCUACCACUAAGAUUCAUUUUUGGAUUCUGUGAUGAUUUCAGAAAAAUCAUAAUGAACAGUAAACAUGAGUUAAUUUUAGUGCGUAGCCGCUCAAAUAACAAUUUUUACACCUCAGCUGAAGACAUUCUACGUCUAAGUGUAACCAAAAUUCACUGGAAAAUUCAACAUAUCUUUAUGAGUGAUAAAGCUAAAUUGCGAAUGUAUAAAAUGAUCUCUCACAAGGAUAGCCUACUUUUACCAUUUCGGUCUUGGGAUUUAUAUGAAUUACCACUUGUACCGGAAACAACACGUCAUACAUGGAGUGUGAAAACAACGAUUCAAGUUAGUAAGCCGAGAUUUGUUGUUGUUGCUUUCCAAACAAAUCGUAACAAUAUUCUUACUGUUGAUUCAACAUUGUUUGAUCAUUGCAACAUUUCAAACUUGAAGCUAUAUUUAAACAACGAACGUUACCCCUAUGAUGAUAUGCAUUUGAACUUUGGGUUGUCACACUAUCAGGAGUUAUUUUAUACAUUACAAAGUGUUCAACAAAAAUACUAUAAUGAUGUAUCCUUCUACAAUCCACUCGGUGUUGAUCCGGAAAACUUCUUUACGAAUCGACCUAUAUUUGUGUUUGAUUGUAGUAGAACGGAUGAAAGUAUGAAAAUGGGUAUGGUUGAUGUUCGACUUGAAAUAGAGACCCAACAGAUCAUACCAAAUAACACAGCAGCCUAUUGUUUAAUAAUUCACGACAAUUUAGUCGAAUAUUCACCUUUCUCGAGUAUGGUUCAUCGUGUUAUUUAA